AACGCGUGCCAAUCGGUAAAAGUCCGCUGGCUCGGUAAGUAGUGGCUCAAACGAGCGAGGUGGGGGAACCACGGGCCACGGGCUUACACGAGCAACUCACAUCUUUUGCACCUUGACUCGGUGCUGUUCGCACAUGUCGCACGACUGAGAACUGGUAGGCAACUAUCCUAUUUCUUGCCUCCUUCCUUCCUCUCCGAGGGCGGCCUUCCACUUUGGUUUUCUUGGUUCUAUUGCCUUCUGGUCGUUUAUUUGUUCUAUUCGUGUAUUUUGCUGGUGGCCGACGUUUUACGUGGCCCGACCUCGGUGGAUGCCCGACGAAGUGUAUCAGUGCUUGGGGUGUGGGCGUCUUCUUUCUCUUCCUUUCCUCGUCUUCUCUGCAACCUGACGACGAGACGCUGUGCCCGUUAUCGCAAUUACCGCAAUAACAGCGAAUACCAGUCCCUCUACGGCUAACUUACGAUUACGGCACAUCGACACGAGCCACUACCACGAGCACUAGAGAUUUCUUCCCCGCUCUGUCAAUUAACUCGUUCCUCCGAGUCAACUCCGCCAUCCUACUCUGCCGUAUUCUUUGCCGUAUUCUAGAUCAAUAUCAACAAUGUCGGCGCCCAUCUCGCAGGCUUUUAAGCCCGGCACACUAUAUGCCGUACUCUUAUAUCGGGGUGACCCUACACCAACGCCCAACACCUGGCACUGUGCUUUAUUCCUGCCCUCCGAGCCCUUGCCCAACGACCCACCAAGCACACUCCGUGGGACUGCCUGGCAUUGUACAAACAAGAACACCUCCGAACUCUGGGCGUAUGAAGAGCUUGCCCCCGACCAACUCCUGCUAAACGAGCGCCUCGUGCUCGGCGCGCGUCUCGCAGACCUCUCGCCACUCGGCGAGCACGCGGACGUGGCUUCGGAGCUCUCACUCAUCCUACGCGCCGUGCCCGUUCGCCCCGAAGCGCAUUCUAGUGUAUUCAACGCCCGUACGUGGAUGUUAGAUGGGAUUGGCGAAUUGGACGAUGGAGGAUUCUUGUCGUGUGUGAGCACCUUGGCGCUUGAGAGCGAGCUUGUGAGCGCUGCGGGACUGGCGAUGCAGAAGUAUAUGGAGGAUGGGAGUUAUGUUAUGAUCACACCGAGGAAUUGUUCCGAUAGCUGAUUUUCUCCCUUUCUGACCUGUUUGGUUCGUGCCCUCUACCCGUGUUGUCAAGG